GGUUGUAAACAAAGUAGCCAAAUUCUGUAAACGCUUAUUUAUAAAUUAAAAACUUAAUUUUUAUCGUAUGUUUGUGAUAAAAUGCGUUUUCAUAUGAACGGCGGCAGCGAUGAUAAUGAAAUUGUGGCUGCCACAGGCAGCGAAGGCGCAGCGCACAUCCGAAAAUUUGUAUUCAGCUCUAACGAACGAAGCGUCAAUGAGCGUUUAGAAAUCAAAAUACCUGAGAUUCUUCAAGGUGCCUACUCAUUUUAUACUUGGCCAAGUGCUCCAAUUCUUGCUCAUUUCUUGUGGGAGCGUCGUCAAUCGCUUGUGUGCAAGAGAAUACUUGAGCUUGGAGCUGGUACAGCGCUGCCGGGAAUUGUGGCCGCAAAAUGCGGAGCACAGGUAGUACUUAGUGACAGUUGUAUCCUUCCCAAAUCACUGGCACAUAUACGAAAAUCUUGCGUUGCCAAUCAACUACAGCCUGGAGUUGACAUUGAUGUAGUCGGUCUCAGCUGGGGUUUACUUAACAGUGUGUUUCGUCUGCCUCCUUUGGACCUCAUUAUAGCUGCCGACUGCUUUUAUGAUCCUACAGUUUUUGAAGAUAUUAUUGUCACGAUAGCAUUUCUACUAGAACGCAAUCGCGGUGCUAAAUUUAUAUUUACGUAUCAGGAAAGGAGUGCGGACUGGUCAAUAGAAGCAUUACUGAAGAAAUGGAAGUUACACGCAGCCAGCAUCAACAUGGAUGAGAUUGGCAAAGAAUCUGGAAUAGAUUUAUUAGAAUUUAUGGGUGGACACACAAUACAUAUGUUAGAGAUUACGCUUGUCGAUCAACUAGUGCAAACUUGAUAUAGUUAAUACUGAGAAAUGACUAACAAAUUAGCUUAUGAUAAUUAACCAGCGGCUUCUAACUUGUCAGCGACUAUGCUAACAAUGUGACUUAAUACCGCUGUGACUGUAACAAUAAAUC